GUCAGUUCCGGCGGGUGGCGCUGGGAGAUGGCGGCCGAGCGAGAUGACGGCGGUGGAGCUGGAGCUGGAGCGGGGCCCAGUGGUGGCGGCGGCGGCGAGACGGGCUCCGGCGGCACCGAGCAGCUGCACCAGGACAACCCGCUGCUCACUCUCCCCAUCGUCGCCAUCGACACCAUCCUCGGGCUGAUGGCCUACGACGAGAUCAGCGGCCUGCGGAUGGUGUGCAAGCGGAUGGAUGCAAUCUGCCAACGCCUGCUGAACCAGGGGUUCCUGAAGGUUGAGAGGUAUCACAGCCUGUGUCAGAAGCAGGUCAAAGCUCAGCUGCCCCGGCGCGAGUCGGAGCGCAGGAACCACUCUCUGGCACGCCACGCGGACAUCUUGGCGGCCGUGGAGACCAGGCUCUCCCUCCUGAACAUGACCUUCAUGAAGUACGUCGACACCAAUCUCUGCUGCUUCAUCCCGGGCAAGGUGAUCGAUGAGAUUUACCGGGUUCUGAGAUACGUAAAUUCUACGCGUUCCCCUCAGCGAGCCCACGAGGUAUUGCAGGAGCUACGGGACAUCUCAUCCAUGGCCAUGGAAUACUUUGAUGAAAAGAUCGUCCCCAUUCUGAAGAAGAAACUGAGCAAUUCGGACAUGUCGGGUCGCCUCCUGGGAGUGCCACCAGUUCCUGGACCAUCCACGGCCCUGACGGCAGUGCAGCUCUUCUCCAAGCAGAACCCGGCCCGGCAGGAGCUGUGCAAGCUGCAGCAGCAGCUGAAGGCGCAAGGACUGAACGUGACCACCACCCGGCGAGAGGUGUCAGAGAUCCGCGUCAAGUACCAGGAGCAGCUGAAGCAGCUGCAGGACCAGGAUCAGAAGAUCCUGGAGCAGAACCAGAUCAUCGGUGAGCAGAACGCCCGUCUGGCAGAGCUGGACCGCAAGCUGGGGGAGCACGCCCUCAAGCACCAGCAGAGCGAGCAGAAGAUCAAGGACCUGCAGGAGCUGCUGGAGCAGGUGAUUGAGACUGGCACAGGAGGCGGGCAGCUGCCCAGUGGACCCAACAAGCGCAAGAAGACUCCUCCCGAGGGCAGUGCCAAGCGCCUUCGGAGCCGGAAGUGAGCCGGCCUUUUGCGGGUGGUCUUCUGUCCUCGCGUCUGUGUGUCAGUCCGUGUUAUGCAGGCGCGAUGGCUCCAGGUGAGGUGCCUCGUGGCACCACGUGGGUCAGGAAGGUGGGCACGGCACGCUUCAUUCACCAGCAGCCCGGGGAACUGGGAGUGGGGGGUGGUUGGGUGUCACUGACUGGGCAGCUAAACACAGUCCUGGGUCACGGGCUCCACCACUGUCCUUCCCGCUGCCCUGGAUAACGGAGAACUGAACUCUACCCUUCUCUGCUCCCAAUAAAUGAUUUCAGCCCAUCCCCUGGUCCCAGUAACAAGGUCCAAUACACCCGUCCCCUGAUCCUGGGCAACAAGACUCGGCUAACCGUCCCAGGUGUCGGGUAGUGAAGGGUCAUACCUUAUUUUAGCCCAGCCCUGGAUAAUUCCUGCCAAUCCCCCUGCAACAGGUAAUUAACUAUGUCCUUGCCUUGCCCGUCUUGGUUAAUGGAGCGUUAACUGUCCUCGUGAGCCAGCUGAUGAAGAGUUCGAUGCCAGCGUGGGGCUGUCAACACUGCUUCACCUGGUGCAGCUGCAGGGGAUGGAGUCGGCGCUGUGGCUGCUGAUGUCUGGGGGAAGGUGAAGCGGUGCCCUCAGUGUCUGGGUUCUGUGCUCCCACGUCUGUGUCGUGUAGGGCCCUCAGAGUGCCGUGUGCCCUCUGGCAGGGUCGGCCGGGCUUCCCUGGAACCUCAUUGCCACCAUUCCCAGUGGGCUGGCGUGUGGUGGUUGUGAGGCAUGGGCUUGGUCUGCACUCCUGGCACGGCCUCGGGAAUAUUAAAGCUGUUGUAUCCGGACUUGGGCGCCUGCACUGAGUGUUGGAGGAAGAUCGGAACAAGGCCAAAGCCACCUUGUGGACAAACGGGAUGUGGACGCACACGGCCAGGUAGAUGAUGUGAGCCCUGGGCUGACUCUGCCCCUGACGGCUACUUGUCAGAUCUGGUGAGAGAACAAACCUGGGGGGCAGCCGUCGUUCCUCUGCCCGACAUCAGGCGAGGUCCAGUUACCAUCCCAGCCCCCACCCCCUCCACCCCGCUGCUGGAAUCUCCCACCUCAGCACAGCCUGGCCUUGUCACUGAACCACUGUGCACGUCUGCUCAGCACACAACCCCACUCCAGUGGCAGAGAUUUGAUUCUGUUCUGCGUGGAAUCCCUUUGAUUCCAGCUGUUGUUGCUGCCUGGGUUGGUAAGUGAAGUGAAGUACACCCUGCCCAUCUAAUGUGCUGAAACAGCCCAUUUCCCCAUAGCCCACUUUGAGAGGGGUCAGAAUUAACCUGCGCUAUAAUUUGAACCAAGUUCACAUGUUGUGUGCCUUUGCUUUGACCUUUGUCCACAGUCCCACCAACAUUCAGGGAUUUGAGGUGUGCCCGGUUGCACCUCAAAGCCCUAGACAUCAUAGUCAUGUCCCAAACUUGUACAUUGUUCCCCUGUCAAGCUACCACUGAACUGCACCAAUGUUAUGCAGGGAAUGUGAGCCUUGAUGUUGAGGUUUGGAGAAGUUCUACUUGAUGUCUGGAAGGUCCUGAGGCCAAGUCCACGCUCACUUAUGCUGACGUUCUCAUGCUGUGCUGUAGCACAGUUACCAAUACCCAACCUCCAGGCACCCAAGGAUCAGACUUGGGGAUCAGCUUUUGGUGGGGCUUGGGGCAUUCUAGAUAUCAUAGACUUUGGUGGUCUGAGAUGAUGGUAGGGGUGUUAGGGUCCUUUCCUGGAAUGAGUUGACUCCUCAGUACAUCCGAUUCCUAGGGAGGCUAUGCCACUGAGUGUUGGCUUCUUCUGUCCUGAUAUCUGGGCACCAAAUAGCCAUUGCUGGUGCCUGAGAAAAUGUCCCAAAGAAUGGAAUUAGCUGGAAAGAGGGAGGGUGUUUCAUAAAAGGAUCCUGAUGUUGACACCUUGGUGUCUUUACAACUUUGUAAGAAGGGAAGUUCUUCACGUUAAACUUCAAAAAGGAAAAUACCUUGUGUGGGAUCUGCUGAUUCAAGUGAAAUGCAGGGAAGGGCUAUUUAAGGUGAGACUUCACUUGCUGACUGUUAUAUCGUGCAGCAAUGUUUAAUUGUUCAUUGGCUUUUGUGAACUGAAAAAUAAGUUAUUUUUUAAACAAAAGUAGCCCACCGUUUCUUGCCAUUUACACCCAAACUAUUGGUGGCGUGGCCCUCUGGGCUACUCUGCCACCUAUUUGUGUCGCCUAUAGCUAAGCUGUGAACGGUGAUUUCAGCCAGCCUUUGGAAGGUGAUCAGUGACUCCCAGCUGGAGUUGGACCCUGUUGGCUUUGUCCUGGAAGAGGUGACUUCCAUGCACGCCUCCCAUGGGAUUCUGACACUGCUAUGUCUCUAGGAUCAAAGAGCAACAAUGUGCAGCCAGAAUUUGAUGUCUCAUUGCCGAUGUAAUGCCUCAAUUAGAUGCCUCCCUUCCCUCCCCUCGGCAGGAGUCUGCUAAGGUGUCUACGCUCCUUGGCAGAUGGCUAGGAGCCAGUGUUCAGCCCCAGAGGUGGGUCUGCUGUUGCCAGGGCUAUGAAUGCUGCUGCUGUGAGUUGUCACCGGCAAAAGAUUCACAGGAGUCUGUGGGAAUGGUAUGACCUUUACACGGCCAUUUGGUGUCUAACGUACUUAGUUACACUCGGUAACAUGCUAACAGAGACAUCUGUGUCUCUGAGAUACACCACCACUCUGUAGCUCCAUCUCCAAGUCCAGUUCUCCUUGCACCCAAACAUCAAUUGAUCUAUUCUGGGACUGAGUGUCCACAGGAAGUGCGGAGAGUUCUCAAAGCUUGGUCCACUCGUACCAAUGAUCCUUCCCUCGAGGCUGUUCCAACAAACGAGAGUUUCCAUCUGCCCUAAUCAACGGUGCUGAGCAAUUGACACAAGCAUUACACGGCUGAGGUGAUGUAACCCCAACUGUGUCCUAUGCUGCAGCCAAGACAGUUCUGCACAAUGUACUUAAAUUCAAACAGUCUCUGCACGUCUUGUGAUUCAGAGCAGCUCUGCCGGCUGCGAGUAAUACAACACAAUGGGGGGGGGGGGGGGGGGAAUUACACUGGAACAUCUGCUGGGAGUGAUUCGCAGGUCACCGUUGCAAGACAAGCAGAGCAUCAAUCCGGGGAAAAGCGAUGGGUCUGCCUCAUUGCAGGCAAUAUCAGACCCAUGGGUAAGAUAUCCUGGAUAACCAGUGGUGGUCAACUGUAAGGAGUACACACUAGGUUCUGGUAGAGAUGAAAGGCAAUUGGGCGUUGCUUGGCUAUAAAGGGUGGCACUGAUGGGUCAUCGUCAUACAGCAUGGGCACAGGACCCUCAGAACCAUAGCCCAUGCUGACCAAAAUGCCCCAUCCAAGCUUUGUCCCAUUUGUCUGUGUUUGACCCAUUUCCAUCUCAACCUUCCCUAUCCCCGUACCUGUCCAAUAUCUAAUGUUAUUGCAUCUUUCUUAACUAUUUCCUCUAGCACCUUGUUCUAUAUUCCUAUCACCUUUUGGAAAAAGUAGCCUCUCAAGUUACCUUUAAAUCUUUCUCCUUUCACCUUAAACUUAUGCCCUCUAGUUCUUGAUUUCCCCACCCUGGGGGAAAUAACUGCCCACCUUUCUCAUAGCAGGGUAACCAGGCUGAAUGCAUUACUCCGAGUGUAACCUCACCAAGGGAUGGUAUAACUUCAACAUAAUGUCCUGAUUCUACACACAAUUCCCUGACUGAUGAAGCCAAAAGCCUUUAUUGCAUAUCGACCUGUGACACUGCUUUCAGGGAUCUAUGUUCUUGUACUCCUCAGUCCCUCUCUACAAUACAACCCAGGGCCCUUCUGUUCCUAUUAGAGGGUGUGCUUGAGUGGGAGCCAGCAUGGAGUUGAACAGCCGAAUGCAGUCAGAGAAAGAUGGACAGAAAUGUAAUCAAUCUGUCUACUUAACAGUGCAUAUCUGAAUAUUGGGAGUGUGGUAAAUGAGUUGAGAGUACAGGGGCAUGAAAUGCGAUAUUAAAGCUAGUGGCAAUUCCCAGUUGCAAGAUGUUUAGUUGGAAGGGGUGGCAAUGUUGGACAUAGGAACAGUCAUGAUGGGAGGGGAUAUGUUGGAAGGGACAUCAAAUGAGGCUGUUUGUGUUGAGCCAAAGAACAAAGCAGUCAGGCUGGGGAGGCGCAAGUAGCCAGCACUUGGGUAAGACCAGUUAUUCAACUGGGAGGUGAUACAGGAGAACAUCUACUUGAAGGAAGGCAUGAAAGGAGAUACAGGGGUUUUCAGGUUAAUAUGUCCCCACAAAGUACAUGGGGAGGGCAGGUAAAUCCAGAGCCUCCUUUAUAGUAAUAAUCAGCAAACGGGGAAGACAUACAGCACGGAAGCAGGCCCUUCAGCCCAGUUUGCCCAUGCCAACCAAGGUGCCCAUCCACUCUAGUCUCACCUGCCUACGGUUGGCCCAUAAUCUAAACCUUUCCUAUCCAUGAACAUAUCAAUGUUUUUUAAAUGUUGUUUCUAGUUUCUAUCUCUGGCAGCUCAUUCCAUAUACCCACCACCCUCUGUGGAAAGGUUGCCCCUCAGAUUCCUAUUAAAAUUUUCUCCUAUCAC